GGAUUAAUGUUUGAGAUUUUACUCCCGCCCUCAGUUCUCCACACACACCGUUGGCCAAUCCCCGCGCUUGUGUGGAAGAGAGCGUCUAACACCAGGAGUGAGUCACCUGAGGGACCGAAGGCGGAGAGCUGAGUGGGGCCCCGUGGACAUGCUGGCCAUUUUAUAGCAGGUAUCAGUUCCUGUUGUUUUACAAACAGCCGCUCAAAGUCCAUCGGCAUGACCAGAGAAACAAGCUGGGGUCAAAGCGUUUUCUCUCUAGCAAUGCCUCCUAAGGACUGCAUGUUUUUUUCUUUCUAAAUGAAUCACCAAAAUCAGCCAGCAGUAUGAAAAGCUGGGCCAGCAAACUCAAGAGGCAAGACACUGGCAGUGUGGUCGAGUCCUCCUCUAGCAAGACAAACUCCAGUUCUGGCCCACCAGUGCCUGUGUGGGUUGCUCACACACCCAUACCAGAUAAUAUUACAGAAGAUGGUGAUACUAAUUCCACAGGCCUACCUUCCAGCACUCCGCCGUACGCCGAGAAGGGGGAUAAUAAAGGCAGCAUGAAGGAUAGACUGAAAACCUUCAUUCCUCAUUCAUGGGAAGGCAUCCUUCACAAAUGGACAAGGAAGAGUGACCUUUUAAAUGACUCUGAAGCUAGCACCAGUGGGAUCCAGAUCCUUCCAAAUGGGACCAGGGUGAGUCCUCCUGUGAGUCCCUUGCUGGAGCGUAGAAAUUGGGGUGACUCACUGUGCAACUCCAGCCAGAACUCUCAUAAGCCUUUGUUAGGGGGGAGCCCCUCUGGUGACCUCUUGUAUCAGAGCCCACGAGAGGAAUCUCUCCUGACCAGUAUCCACCCUGCAGAGUACUACGCUGAGAAGAUGGAGGUGUAUAACCUGAAGUACUCUUAUUUGAAAUCCUGGCCAGGGUUGCUCAGAAUGCUUGCGGGACUUCAACUCCUUUUUGGUGGCAUGGUCUUUGCCUGCGUCAUCGCGUACAUCCAGAAGGACAGUGAGUGGUCCAACAGCUACGGACUCUAUAACGGUGCAUAUAACAACGGCCAAGGCAUGUCUGGAUACAGCUACCGAGGCCCCAUGACCCCAUUCGUACUGGCUGUAGCUGGGGUGUGCUGGAUCAUAACCUUGACCCUUUUAGUGAUGGGAUUGACGAUGUAUUAUCGCACCAUCCUCCUCGACGCGACCUGGUGGCCACUGAUGGAGGCCUUCAUCAACGUGACGUUGUUCCUGCUCUACAUGGCAGCCGGGAUUGUCUACCUGAACGACUUGAACCGCGGUGGGCUGUGCUACACGACAAUAGGGGUUAAUCCCAUCAUGGCCAAUCUGUGCCGGGUUGAUGGGGGACAGAUGGCGGGAACGGCUUUCAUCUUCAUCAACAUGGCGAUGUAUCUGGGAAGCUUCCUGGUGUGUCUGAAGAUGUGGAGGCAUGAAGCUGCACGGAUGGAGAGAGAGCACUUUGGGAACAAGCCCCAGGAGACGUUACACCAGUCCAUCCCGUUAACUCAUCUCAAAACAAAGCACAUAUCAUUCAAGGAUGAAAGGAAUAAGUGUUUGAGUAAAGAUGAUCGAAAUAACGCCAUCUCUGAUGUCUAUAAGAACCCAGUCAGUGUGAACAGAGCUGCAGCGUCUCUAUACACCCCAAAAGUACACAUCAUCGCCGACUACAUCAUCAAGUAUCCAGUGAUCAACUGUGUGGAAGAAAGGGAAACAUAUAAAGCAGUUUUCAACGACCAGUAUCAGGAAUACAAGGACCUCCACAGAGACAUCGGCGCCACCCUCGAUAAGUUCAGAGAGCUGGAUGCCAUGAUGGCACCGCUCCUCAGAGAGAACAAAACCCAAGAGGACCAGCAGAGGAUUCAAAGCAUUUUGAAGAAGUAUCAGCGUAAAAAGAAUGAACCUGGCUUCUUAGAGAAAAAGGAGCGCUGUGACUAUUUAAAAGCUAAAUUAAGCCACAUCAAAAACAGGAUACGCACUUUUGACCAGGAAACCAUGGAAAACGGUCCGACCAUGUACGAGCCUCGGUACUACGACAGCCCCCCUGUGUACAGCCCGCCUUACAGCACCAACUCCCAAAGCUUCUAUCCCCCCAGGAGCGUCCACUCCCCCCAGAGCCAGUUUGUCCCCUACACCGUCAACGCCUCCCCUGACUCCAACUACAUUGAAGGGAAGCCUCAGUACUUCUACCGCUGGUUUUCUCCUCCUGGUUUCGUCAAAACCUUCCAAGGAGUUACAGUACUCAUGUGUUUCAUUAUAUUCGCCUGCGUGGCUUCCACCCUGGUGUGGGACAUGAAUGGGUUUGGCUACGGGGGAUAUGGGGUCGGGGCUACAGGGGGGAUCGCGGGGAUGGAGUCUGGAUAUUACGGAGGCAGCUACGGCUACGGCGGCUCCUACAUGACGCCACAAUCUGCCAAGUCAGCGAUGAUUUCCAUGGCAGCGGUGAACUUCCUAGUGUCCCUGGGCUUCCUGGUGGGGAGCUUCUCACGGUCCCGGGUCAUGAGGGGAUGCAGGUUCUACCUCACCGUGUUUGUUUGUGAUAUCAUCUUGGCUGCCCUUCAGGGCAUCAUCGACAUCAUCUUUGUGAUCGGGGUGAACCCAAUGUCUCAGAGCUCUCAGAGCAUGCUCUACAACCCCAUGCUGAUGAUGUGCCAGAACAUCCAGGGCAGCCCCAGCCUCAGCGGCAGCGUAGGGGCCGGUUUCCCCGGGGGAUUCCCCAUGUACAAUCAAUACCUGCACCACUACUGCUACAUGGACCCGGAGGAGGCGGUCGCUCUAGUGUUGGGUCUGAUGGUGGUGUUGGCCCUGUGCCUGUCGGCUUACUUCGCCUACAAGACCCACAGCAAGAUUUGGAGUCACGGCAAAGCUAACAUCUACUGGGACGAGCCGCGGGUCAGGUCGUCAGAGGGCCAGGAUGUACAGGAUUGGGUGAACCUUGUUGGAGAGGUGCGCAGUACCCAGCAGGCACCAACUGUUGCAUCAGCACCUGAAGUGGGGGCGGAGAAUAGUGUGGUCUCCUACGGCAUGCGAACAGUCAGCAUCCCCAAUGAUGGAAAUUAUAAAAGCAAAAGCUUCCCUGCCGACAGCAGUAACCACCGGGCCGCGGAGCCUUUGUAUCAGAACAGCAGGGGGGCAGUCUGCUCCAGCGGCUCCUCGGACGACACCGACAGCGUCAGCAAACCUCCUCUCUGCCCCGCGGAGAAGCAGCGGAGAAAGGGCGGAGGGCCCGAGCCUGCUGCUCCCGGGAGGGUGGACUCCCCGUAUGAAACCGGUUACACCACCGGGGACACGGCCAACGAGCUGGACGGGGGCCGCGAGGCUGACCUCUACAGGCUAUACCCAGAGAUAACUUCGGACGAGCAGCGCCGGCAGUACAAGAAGGAGUUUGACUUUGAUCUGACCUCCUAUAAGGCCCUCUGUGCCGAAAUCGAUGACCUCAGUGACCAGAUGCACAAGCUAAGCCGAGAACUGGACAUGUUGGACGAGGACUCUGUGAAGUACCAGGGUGUUGCAGACGAGUAUAACCGACUGAAAGACCUGAAAAGUACUUCAGAUCAUCAAGCAAAGAAGAAGCAGUGCAAAGAGCUUCGACAAAAACUCUUCCACAUCAAACGUCUGGUGAAAACCUUUGACCAAGGUCUUUGUUAGUGUGUCUUCAAAGUCCAUCCAAACAGCCCAGGAACAACAAACAGGGUUUGACACAAAUCCUCCGUCUUCUUUACUGCUCGGCUUUUUGAACUGUGAGACAGUUCGGCCCAACAUGGCCCUCAAAUCGACUGCAGUCAUUGAAAAUCGACCGUUUUUUGCAUCUAAUGUUUACAACUUAUUAUGUUUGCAGCUGUAGAUCUGUCAGAUUAGAGCCACUGACACAAGACUUUUUAAAAUUUGUCGUUAGAUUUAGAAUUUCAAUGUGAAUUUGUUUUAAUUGUUAGAGAUCGUUGAUGAAUGUUUUUUUUGUACAGAAGAUAUUGAUUCAAAUAGAAGUUGAAACUAAUUCACAUUU